CAUGUCAAUAUCUGUACAUGCUGUUUGAUAUAUGUAUAUCUUUUUAUACGAUACUGUAUAAUAUAUAAUAUAGAAAUUAGGUUAACUAAGUACUUUUUUCGACUAACUUGCUUCAUUGCAGCUUCGUUAUUAUGUACUAAUAUAUAUGAUCAUAUACACGUUAUAGAUAAUGAGAAAUCAAGGAAGUGAUCGCUACUGAAAUUUUGAGAAGAAAAAUGACAGACAUUAUUUUAGAAAUUAAACAACUUAUCUCUGAAUAUUGGAAAAAUAUUUUUGCAGAAGUAUAUGAUGCAGUAGUUUAUGUAGAUCACUGUGCAAUUGAAUGUUUGCAUUGGUACACAGCUGGUAAAGGCUAUCUAGCAUUAAAAGAUGCUGGAGCAGUUGCAGUUUAUGAGUUCGGCAUGUAUCAUUUUCGAUAUGUCGAAGUAAAAGAUACUAAAAAAGCUGUUAUUAUAUCAACAUCUGGUGAUCCAGCAUUUUAUCAACGAACAAUUAAAAUGAUUCUGGCAAAGAAUACUUUCCAGAACUGUAUUGUGUACUGUAGUGUACCUUGUGGUACUAUCAACCAUUUGGGAACAUUAUCUGCUGAAGAAAAAUUAGACUACAAUAAAUUAAAGAAGGACAUUAAGGUUUGGAUGACUUCAGGAAAUCUUUCUCAAGAACCUGUUGUUAACAUUAUCUAUGUACCGAUUUUUAUUGCCCUUUUAAAUAAGGAUUUAUUUGUAACACCUCCUUUUGGAGAUUUAAUGCCAUCUCUGGACACAAAUAUUCCAAAAGAUACAUUUGUUAAAUUGAAUAUCUUAGCAUAUUCAUUUUAUAAUCUAUUUGAUAGUAUAGGAGCUAAAUUAGAUAUUUAUUCACUUGGAAAUUUAAGUGACCAUCUUGCAAAGAAUUUAGAAGAUUAUAUGUCUAGUAUUAAUCAUAAAAGUCAUUUAUCUGAAACUUCAGAAAUAGGAGUCUCUCUUAUUUUGAUUGACAGAACAUUAGAUCUUUGUACACCUACUAGUAACAAUAUGGAAUCUUUCCUUGCAAAAAUAUUACGUACGUUUCCUCAUUUACCACAUCAUGAUAACGAUGUGGCCAUUAAUAUGUCACUUCUGUUUGGGACUGUAACGGAAGUGUUAAAAUCAUAUGAAAUACCAGGUUGUUUAGCAAGUAUGGAAGAUGAGAUGAUGGAUCUUCUUAUUUCACAAAAAGGAAAAAGGUUGUUAAAUACAGUUAACCAAUUUUUAAAUGAUAUAACUUUAGCAAAAGGUAGUCCAAAAUUAAGAACACCAACAAGGAUUUCUGGUCAUAGCUUAGAAAAACUUCUCAGCAAAAUUCAAUCCACAAACAGUAUUGAUUCUAUGACAAUUCAUACAGAAAAACUUCAGUGUAUUUUAGCAAUAAUCGAAGCAUCUAUAUCGCAAAAAGCUGAUCAGAUUGAGCUACUUACUAGUUUAGAAAAAUUAGCUUUGCAAAAUCUUUCUGUGAGUCGAGAAUCCUCGAGUAUACUCGUACAGUUGAGUAAUAUUAUACGAACGCGAAUUCACAGGGGACUUGAUGUUGAAAACUUAUUAGCAUUACUGAUACAUGUUUACUCACUUGCGGGAACGCAGAUUCGAUUUUCCACACAACAAGAACGCCGAUUAGAAGAGUCAAUUGCGGAUGCAAUUUUUGAAGAUUUCCAAAUUUUAAAAGAAAGUCCUUUGAUGAAUACAAAAUCAGCUUAUCAGCGUAAUUUAUUACUACUAGUUGCAUUUGUUAUUUUAGGUGGAGACGAUGUUGCUGUAGCGCAAGAAACAUCAUGUAACAUUGCAGCACGUAUUCUCGAUACUCUGAGAUUAAUCGCGGAACAGCGUUUAAUAUUGCAAGAUUAUAGAUUUUGUAUGUUGAAGCCAAGCUCUCAAGAAGCAACUCGAUACAUUAGUAUAUUAGAACAAGUUACAAAGGAUAUAUUUAGUGUAGACAUAAGUCGAGAACUACGAGAUCUUCAUAAAAAAUCAUCUUCAUUUAUUUCAGCUGGCUUUAAUUUAAUUUUAAGGGGUAAAACAAAACGUCAUCCUCGAGACAAUCCCUAUAUUUUAAUAUACGUUGUUGGAGGCAUUACUGCAGAAGAGGCAAAAGUAAUUCAAGAAGUAGUAUCUGCACAUAGUAACGAAAAAUCACCACAUAUAAUAUUAGCAGGAUCUAGAUUAUUAAACCCCUUGGAUAUAGUGGAUAAAAUAUUCUUUUCUUAAUUAUUUUUUUUGUAGAUAUAAUAGAAAAAUUUGUAAAUGUAAUAGAAUUCAUCUUUCUGUUUCAUCUAUCUUCCAUUUUAUACCAUUGGAUAAAAUGGAAUAAUGUAUUUUUCUAAUAAUUUGUAUUGUUUCUAAUGUACAUAUAAAAUUUGUCGAAUUACACACCUUGCACAAU